UUUCUCACCCUUUUUUCAAAUAUCAAAAUAACUAUUGAUUGCAGACUGACGAAAAGGGUGCAAUAGAAGAAAGACGUGACCUUUAAUCACAUUUUGCGUUCAUGCGUAUAGUAAACAACUAAAAUCAGGUAAAGCGAGUGUUUCGAAAAUAAUUUGAUUUUCUUUGCGUUAUUUCGACAAAAUUGAGAGUUUUGUGGCAGAUAUAUAAGUAACUUACACCCAUCUGCGGUUUAUUAGCAUUAACAACCAUGAUUUUUCUGUUAAGUGUGUUGGCUUCGGCCUCUUCCCUUGCUGCUUCAUUUUCACCACUAGACUUUUCAUCACUCGAGAGUGUUCCGCCCUUUUCAUUUCCCCUUUUGGAAUCGGAAGCCAAGGAAGUGGACAUCGAAAAAGUGGCCAAAGCUCUAGAAUUGGACAAAAGUUGGCCUUUUGCCGAAAAAGAUAUAUCAUUUGAGAAAGGAUUCGACUUCAGUGUGGGAAAAACAGAACUCGAAAAAGAAUUCAGUAAAAUUGGACUUGAGAAAAGUGUAGGCUGGGAGAAAUCUCCUUACCCUUGGUACCUAUACGAAAAAAUUUUUGGACUUGGUAAGAAAAUCUCUUUUGAGCAAGCUUUACUGUACGAACUGUACAGGUUGUAUGGAUACUAUGGUCUUUUUGUGGCGAGAGAGUUACAGAGAAGAUUCCAGAUCGCCAAAGAAUUGGGACUUGUUGGGAAGGAGAUAGCCUUCCAAGAAGCCAUCUCCUUAGGACUUUUUAAAGGUAUAGGUCUCGAAAAAAUAUUCGAAAGUGUUAGAAAGAUCAUAGGUGCGGAGGAAAAAACUUUUGAUUUUGAAAAAGGGUUUGGAAUAUUCAAGAAGCUGUAAUGGGCAGUACUCUGAUGCUGUGAAAUGUUUUCAGUUCCUGAGCACGUGAGAAAAUAUAUUACAAGAAACACCAUUCUUUUCGGAGCAAUAUGUACACUGAAGGAAUAAAUGAAAAUGUCAAUUUGAUUUAUAAUGUGUGGAAAUCACUUUUUCCUUCUUUUAAUUCACUUAUUACAAUUUUAUUUCAAAGGGUGAAUGGUGAUAAUUCACAAUAUUAUAAAUAAUGUGCCUAAGGAAAAGUUCGACAAGUAUCCUGUAUUGCAUCCACACUGCACUAUAGUAAUCAUUGAAAUUAUAUUGAAAGAAGCUGAUACAGAUGCACUGUACCUUGUAAAACAAUACAUUGUUCAUAAUAAAUAAUUUUAGCGCA